UGUUUGUAUGUAUACCCAUUCUUAUCUCUUCUAUUAUACAAUAUAAAAUAUACAGCUGAUCAUUUAAUACAUGAAUACAGUUCAUAUUCAUGUGUUUCUUACAAUAAGUGAAAGUUUAAAAGUAAUAAAAUGCAGCGGAAUUGUAUCCUGCUACUCUUUUGGUUGAGUAUGUUGACUGUAUGCCUUGCUGAAGAGCCCAAAGAUCAGGAUUAUGAUUAUGAGCAACCGAUAGAGGGUAAGGGAGACAUGGAUCUUUUUAACUAUGAAGAUGAACUGUGUGAGAACUGUAGAUGUUAUAAUGAAUCUUCUUUAUCAUUAUGGUUGGACUGCACAGGGUUGGGUCUAGAGAAGAUUCCAGAUUGGUUGGAUGAGUUUGAAAACCAAACAUUUUCUAUUCUUCUGGACCUUUCAUUUAAUACUAUUGAAGAGCUUGUUAGUUUUCCUGAAGGCUCUGUGUGGAAUUUGGACCUCAGUCACAACUCCAUAAGAAGAAUAGAAAAUGGAGCAUUCAUUCAAAUAUCUCAGGAUCUUAUGGAAUUAGACCUAAGUGACAAUAAACUGGAUGCAUCAGGCUUGGAGAAAGAUUGCUUUAGAGGAAAACUUAUUGAGGGAAACAUAUCUCCAUUGCAGAUAAUACAGCUUAGUUUGGCAAAGAACAGAAUUCAUACAGUGCAUCCGGAGAUAUUUGUCCAUCUAACCAAGCUAACAGAUUUAGAUCUGUCAGAUAAUCCUUUAGAACCAUUUUCACAGGCAAUGGUUGAGGCUAUUAAUGGAAUAUUGACACUUGAGUCUCUCAACUUCAGAUCCACUGGAUUAACUAGUUUACCUGAGGGCAUGCUUACUGGGAUGGAUCAGCUGAUUUAUCUAGACCUGUCAGGAAACCGGUUUCAUCAGGUAUCUCCAGAGAUCAAGAUGGUACCCUUCCUAGAGACCUUAAUCCUUAACAACAAUCUACUUCAUGAACUCAAUAAAGACAGUUUUAAUGGUCUUGUCAACCUCAAGAAUCUGAGUAUCAGUGAGUGUCAUGGUUUGAAAUAUAUCGAGGAAGGUUCUUUUGCAUCUUUAACAGAUCUACAAUUGCUGAGGAUAUCAGGCAAUAAACAAUUAGAAUGGAUCAGUCCUGAUGCCUGGCCAAAAGAUAUAAAUCUUCCAUUCACUCUUCAAGAACUUGAUCUAUCUGAUAACCAUUUGAACUAUCUACCCAACAUGUUACUCCCGGAUUUUACAGACUGGAAGAAAAUAGAAAUAAUCAACAUUCAGGGUAACCCUUGGGUGUGUGAUUGUCACAAUGAAUGGAUGCUGAGUACCUUGACACCGAUGAUUCAUGAGAAAAAUCCUGAUCUAACAGAGAAUCUAGUGUGCGGGGGCCCGGUUCACUCUGUUCUAGUUAGAGAGCAGAUGACGGUGGUUCAUGAAUUAACUCACACUAACGAACUACCCUGUGAUACCGCCCAGUUCAACCCUUGGAUUAAAUCAAUGAAUUUACCAAACCUAGAAAACAAAGAGAACAGAACCAGAAAAUCUUCUCUUCCCACGACUAUUACCGUUCUCUGUAUUUUCGCCAUUAUUGGUUCUACUGGAAUGGUCGGGAUGCUUUAUGUCCAGAGGAGUAAAGAGAAUACUCCUAGGAGAUAUAGAAACGAUGUGCCAGCUCCUUUUGUAGGAUAUACAGCUACCAGUAGUACCCAUCCACCGGGUCAGCCUGGGCUACCUGAUACGCAUGCGCCAAGGACUGGUCUAUCUAACAUAUACUCUCCACGGGCUGGCCAAUCUAACAAAUACUCACCUCCGGCUGGUCAAAAUGCUCUAGAUCUAGAAGAUGUUCAUGGAAUAGUUAAUACUGAAUUCAGAGAUGACGAAGGAAGGAAAGUGGAGUAGGAGGAGACAAACUACAUUCAAGCCAACACUAAUCCAUUUUCUAGACCUUUGUAGAAAAAAUCUUUUUUUUUAAUAAAGAUUAAUUCAAGUCUUUUAAAA